UUCGGCGCCACCCGCCCGCAUUGUCCACUCCGUUGUUGUCGUUUGCCGUGCACUGACUGCGCCAUGCUUCAGCUGCAGUAUUUCCGUGAUAAAUACGACAGCGAUAAGAACAUGCGACAAUCUAUCGUUUUGAAAGCUCGUGUCUAUGACAUGGAGCAAGCAGAAAAUGCGAUCUUCGAUCUUACGGAAUCGCUUGGCACGUUUUUCGUGCAAGAAGAUGUCUACUUCAACGUGCCCAAAGGAAACCUGAAACUUCGAAUAAUGCAUCCAAAUAGAUGCGGUCAAUUGAUCUACAACUCGCUAUCCAAGAAGUCUGGCCACAAAUUGAGUGAAUCUCAAGUUACAGAAGUGGAGGAUGUUUACUCCAUCCGAGCCACCCUGAAUGCUGCACUUGGCGAGCGAGGUACAAUCACAAAGAAACGCCGCGUGUUUACUAUGGAUGAUGUUAGAAUCUAUCUAGAUGAUGUGGAUCAAAUCGGACACUUCAUAGACAUUGCUGUGCCGUUAUCGUCGUCCCAACCGGAUGAAUGCUAUGCGCGAGCCAAAGAAAUUCGUGAACGCCUAAAAAUUCAAGAAGAUGCGCUUGUUCCUGCUGCAUACCUCGACAUGAUGAUGAAUAAUCUUUCAUUUGAUGACGACGUUCCGUCUCGGAAGUCGACGAAAAGCGGUUCUGAAACUGAAAGUGAUGCUUCGUUUUAGCUCAGUGUUGCUCGAUAAUUCAAUAAUUCUGAUCUCGAUGAGGAUCGAUUGUCUGUAUGAGUGUCCUUAUUGUUUUAAAAUAGAAAUAUGAGAUUUUUCAUAUAAAUAUUGAUGUCUAACUCUAUAUUCGAACAGUUUUAGUACAAAUCUUACACUUUCCUUAUAUUUCACUUUCUAUUAACAGUGUAAUCUGAUGUUGUGGAGACCUCUGAUAGAAUUUCGCAUCUUUCCUCUCAAAUGAUUUAUCUAUGUAAGGAAAUGUUUCUUGAACGUUGCUGCACAUCGUUCGGGUUGUUUUUAACGUGUACACAUUUUAUAUUAAGAAUUUUAAUAAAAUCUCGAAA